CAAUGUAUGCGGAUUUCCUUCUUAAAAUAGAGAAGCACUUGAAUUUUCCCUCCUCAACCGGCACCCUAAAACCCUAAUCAUCAUCAGCAAAAUUCGAUUUUCUCAGCAUUUUCCGGUCCGCGAUCACGAUCAGAGAAGGAAUUGAUUGCGACAACAGAGGCGGCUGCAUUCGACUGAGCAACAGAACGUGCUCUGAUGAAUUACGUGGAUGAAGAUGCUUCUUCGGGCUCCAAGGAUGAUAUGAACGUGUUAGAUGGGAACAGCAAGAAUCCAUCUGCUGCAGCCCCUUCUGGUUCUGGUCGGAGGAAGAGAACUCGUAAGGCUACAGGGGACGCUAUAGUUGAUGCUAUGCUAGAAAUAGCCGCUGCCUCUAGAAUGAGGGCGAACAUGAUCAUGAGGAACGAGGAACGUUUCUCUAUAAGCAAGUGCAUUAAAUUACUGGAUGAGUUACAGGGCGUUGAUCAACGGGUUUACUUUCACGCCCUGGACCUGUUUGAGAACCCCAAUGCGAGAGAAACCUUCGUCGCCCUAAAGAACGAGUGGAGACUCACUUGGUUGCAGGGCAAGUGCAAUGCAUCCUCCAGUUGAAUGCUCUCAACUAAUCGCCUUAUCGGGAUAGAUAGGUUGUUUUCUUGGUAACAAAUUACCUGCUGAUCCUACGUUGCCCUGCAGCUUAACUCCGGUUUUGUAAUUAGCAUGACUAUUAUUCGAUGAUUCAUAGCUGAAAGUUCUUAUUACUUUGAGGUUUUAGUUCAUUUGCUUGAAAGUAAUUUGGUGUGGUUGGUGUGCUUCUGAGAGCAAUUUGUCGAUAUUUCCCUGUGUAGUCUGUCUCAGAGCUUACUACUGUGGAUUAUUCGGAUUGAUCCAAAUAUCGGCCAGCUUUCACCAUGGUCGACCUCUGAAAUACAAGCAGUACUGUGAUCGGCCUCU